AAGAGUAUCAUCAAGAUCUGCAGGACAAUGAGAUUACAAAUGUCACACAUGUGCCUGUUCCUGUAAAAAGUGACYAUGAUGAAGUGAAACAUCAGUCCUCCCAGUUUGAUUGCAGACCGAACGAAGAAAGCAGAGAUUCUGUUGGUGAACCAAAUUCAGCCACAAUCUCAGAUCCAUUUCCACUUGRACAGUCAUCUGUUGAGGASAGUUGUCUUGAUUCUUCUGAUCAGYGUGAUUGCAAAUGGGCACAUACACAUGACGCUCUCUCAGGAGAUGAGAACAUUAAAAAGCACCUGAGACCGACAAUGCACGCCCAGUAGAGGAACGACCCUUUCCGUGCUCGUACUGUGGUAAAAGGUUUAGCCUUAAAAUUUAAAUGGACACAAACAAGACCAUGUGGGUGAAAGAACUUUUCUCUGCCUGUGUUGUGAGAAGUUAUUUAAAGACAGUGGUUUGMUGUCGGCUCAUAUCAGGUGUCGCACUGGUGAGCAGCCCCACAGCUGCUUGUUCUGCAACAAGAGUUUUAGUGGAAGGGGAAACCUGACCAGGCACAUGAGGAUCCAUACAGGGGAGAAACCAUACACCUGCUUGAUAUGUAACAAAAGUUUUAAUGUAAAGGAACAUCUAAAUAGACAUAUUUAAAGAACCACAAUGGGGAAAAACCAUUCUGUUGCUCUGUCUGUGGCAAAGCCUGUACUCAGAAAACAGACUUGAAGAGACACAUGCGAGUUCACACGGGCAAAAAACCAUUCACCUGCUCUUUCUGUGGAAAGUGCUGCGCUGAGGAAGGAGACUUGAAUGAAUGACUUGAAUGGGAGAGAAACCCUUUGUCUGCAACAUCUGUGGCAAACGUUGUGCACAAAAGGGGAGCCUGAAGGUCCACAUAAAAGUCCACARGGGCGAGAAACCGUUCGUGUGCUUCGUUUGCGGAAAGAGUUUCAUCAUUACAGGACAUCUGAAAAGACACGUGAAGCUUCACGCUGCUGAGAC